GUGCCCCAUUCAUUCAAUCAGUCUCGAACAUCACUGUCGACAAGUGCAUGGUGAAAUACGACUUGUAUGUAUAUUUAGAGAAAAAUGUCAGCGCAACAAUUUCCCGUGCAAAAAGAAUAUGAGAAAAAUUCCAAUAUCAACCCUAAAGAUAUACAAUCAAUUAGGGAAUGGUUGCUUCAACAACCCCACCUUCCACAUAACAUUUCUGAAUUGGAGGUCAUUUUGGCGUACCAUUCAUGUGAAUGUGAACUGGAGUUGACAAAACGGGUGAUUGACCUCAACUACACUCUGAGAACAAUGUUCUCUUUCUAUUCAAAUAGAGACAUAAACAAGUCCUUGGAAGUAGCUCUAAAUACGUGGUUGAUAACACCUUUAAGUACUCCGACGUCGAAAGGACAUCGAGCUAUCUAUUGUCAAUUGCUGGAUGAAGAUCCAAGCAAGUCUGUGUAUAGUGUUGUAGUCAGAGCCUUUAUGAUGGUGAUGGACCUAUGGCAAUAUGAGGAAGGUACGGCCCCGGGCACUGUUCUGAUUGUAAAUAUGAGCAAAGUGUCGCUGGCACACGUUGCAAAUAUUGACGUUAACGUGGCACAAGAAUUCUUCUAUUUUUUACAGGAGGCUAUGUUUAUUCGCCUUAUGGAAUUCCAUUUUAUUAACGCUCCAACAUUUGUAGAUAAACUUUUAAAUAUGAUAAAACCUUUAAUGAAAAUGGAAACAUACAAUUUACUUAAAGCUCAUACUGUGGGCUCCACUAGUUUAGAACAGUAUAUACCGUUAGAUGCUUUGCCCAUAGAAGCGGGUGGAAAGAAUAAACACAGCCACGAUCUUAGAGAUGAUAUUUGGAAUAAAAUAAAGGAAAAUAAAAAGUUUUAUCAAGAGGAGUCGUUAAAACGAGUAAACGAAUCACGUCGACCAGAAGGCCCUAAAACCAUUAGUUCUAUAUUUCCCGGUGUCGAUGAAAAUUUUAAAAAUCUUAACAUUGACUAGCAUCAAUACAUAUAAUGAAAUAAUAAAACCUUUAUACUGAA